GGCUGCUCGGGCCUGGCCCCCGCUCCUCGGCGCCGCUCCCCGGGCCCGGCUCGGCGCUCGGCUGCCUGGCCUGGCCGGAGCUCGGAGCGGCGGCGGCGGCGGCAGCGGCGAGCGAGCGGAGGGGCCGCUCCGACCGGCCCCGGCCCCCCCCGGCCCCGGCCCCCCGCCGCAGGUUUCCAUGAAGAUAAACAGUUGACAUGUGGAUAGCCUGUCUGUAGCUCAGUGCUGGUUGUCAUCUGGAACCUGCUGGUGUCUUCUCCCGCUGGUUGGCGUAACGUUGGUUGCUGAGAGCCAUGAAGUUUGUACCGGAGAAGAAUGCGGUCCGCAUCCUGUGGGGUAGGGAGCGGGGCACCCAGGCGCUGGGUGCUCAGCGGCUCCUGCAGGAGCUGGUGGAGGAUAAAACUCGAUGGAUGAAAUGGGAGGGCAAGAAAGUUGAGUUGCCAGACAGUCCACGCUCCACCUUCUUGCUGGCGUUUAGUCCAGACAGAACCCUAAUGGCUUCCACACACGUGAACCACAACAUCUACAUCACGGAGGUGAAAACGGGCAAGUGUGUUCAUUCCUUGGUUGGACAUCGCCGCACUCCCUGGUGUGUGACCUUCCAUCCCACCAUCCCAGGCCUCAUUGCUUCAGGAUGCCUAGAUGGGGAGGUUAGAAUUUGGGAUUUACAUGGUGGAAGUGAGAGCUGGUUCACAGAUAGCAACAACGCCAUUGCAUCGCUUGCUUUCCAUCCUACGGCUCAGCUCUUGCUGAUUGCAACUGCCAAUGAGAUACAUUUCUGGGACUGGAGCCGUCGGGAGCCUUUUGCAGUGGUGAAAACAGCCAGUGAAAUGGAGCGGGUCCGGUUAGUACGGUUUGAUCCCUUGGGACACUACUUGCUCACAGCAAUUGUUAACCCUUCCAACCAGCAGAGUGACGAGGAAGUGGAAAUCUCUGUGGACAGUACAGAGAUGCCACAUUAUCGCCAACGCGCUAUCCUUCCCUCUCAGCCUGUGAGGCGCACGCCUCUCCUCCACAACUUCCUGCAUAUGUUGUCCUCCCGCUCCUCCGGCAUACAGGUGGGAGAGCAAAACAGUGUUCAAGACUCUGCUACCCCAUCCCCUCCACCGCCUCCACCACCUCCACCUCCACCUCCAGCCAGUGAGAACACAAGGGCAUCUGUCUAUAACAGGCUCCGGGAGCGUGUCAGCUACCCCACAGCAGAGUGCUGCCAGCACCUGGGGAUGUUGUGCCUUUGCAGCCGAUGCUCUAGUGCAAGACUUCCAUCUUCUCUCUUCCCACACCAGGAAAAUGCACCCUCCACGUCUUCUGGUGCCACUGGCACAUCCUUCUCCUCUGUGCAGACAGAGCCUUACCAACCCCCAGAGCAGGCCUCUGUAGCACAGGAGGAGCAGGGGAUACUUAACAGGCCCUCUGCUUUCAGCACAGUUCAGAGCAGCACUGCUGGCAACACCCUGCGCAACCUUAGCCUGGGCCCCACACGGCGGUCCCUGAGCGGGCCUUUGGCAGGCCACCAGUCCCGCUACCAACAGUCUGCGAGAGAGAUGGCUUCGGGCUUAGGUGGGUCUGACUGGUCCAGGACAGUGCUGAACAUGAGCUCCCGGUCGGAGCUGGAAGCCAUGCCUCCCCCUAGGACCAGUGCCUCCUCCGUGAGCUUGCUGUCGGUGCUGAGGCAGCAGGAGGGAGGUUCCCAGGCGUCGGUCUAUACCUCCGCAACAGAAGGGAGAGGCUUCCUAGCCCCCGGGGCCGAGGCGGACAGCGGUAGUACCGCUGGCCCGAGCAACCCGGCCAGCAUCCGUAAUGAGCUCCAGUGUGAUUUGAGGCGAUUCUUCUUGGAAUAUGACCGGCUUCAGGAGUUAGAUCAGGGGAUUGGUGGGGAGCCCAGCCAGUCACAACAGGCUCAAGAAAUGCUCAACAACAACAUUGAGCCUGAUCGGCCUGGUCCCUCCCAUCAGCAGACUCCGCACAGCAGUGAAAACAAUUCCAAUUUGUCCCGGGGUCACCUGAACCGCUGUCGCGCUUGUCAUAACCUGCUGACCUUUAACAAUGACACGCUGCGCUGGGAAAGAAGCACGCCUAGCUAUACGCCAGGGCAGGUCCAAAGCACGUUUGAGGGUGUGCCUCCAAAUACCAGCCAGGUGCAGCCUGCAGAGAGAACCGAGGGCAGAUCUCCUGCCUCUAGCAGGCUGCAGCUGGGCAGCUCUUCCACCCCGCAGGAGGAGAGGACCGUGGGAGUGGUCUUUAACCAGGAGACGGGGCACUGGGAAAGAGUUUACAGCCAGUCGGCUUCAAGCAGACCUGGGAAUGUAUCACAGGAGGCCUUAAACCAGGAAAUGCCUGAGGAAAGCUCAGAGGAGGAUUCACUCAGGAGGAGGUUACUGGAGUCUUCCCUCAUUUCAUUAUCUCGCUACGAUGGAGCAGGGUCCCGGGAACAUCCAAUCUACCCAGAUCCAGCCAGGUUGUCUCCUGCUGCAUAUUAUGCUCAGAGGAUGAUUCAGUAUCUUUCCCGGAGGGACAGUAUUCGACAGCGCUCUAUGCGAUACCAACAAAACCGUCUCCGCUCUUCCUCCUCCUCUUCUUCCACUUCAGAAAACUCAAGCCCAUCUGUAGAGGGAAAUGACCUGGAAUUUGAAGAUUUUGAAAGGGACAAUGGAGACCGAUCUAGGCACCGAGCUCCCCGUAAUGCCCGCAUGUCUGCACCAUCUCUGGGGCGCUUUGUCCCAAGACGCUUCUUGUUGCCAGAGUACUUGCCUUAUGCUGGGAUUUUCCAUGAAAGGGGACAGCCUGGUUUGGCCACCCAUUCCUCUGUCAACAGGGUUUUGGCAGGUGCUGUGAUUGGGGAUGGACAGUCAGCUGUGGCCAGCAACAUUGCCAACACAACUUACCGGCUCCAGUGGUGGGACUUCACAAAGUUUGACCUGCCUGAAAUCAGCAAUGCCUCCGUGAACGUGCUUGUUCAGAACUGCAAGAUUUACAACGAUGCUAGCUGCGAUAUCUCUGCAGAUGGGCAGCUGCUGGCAGCCUUCAUUCCCAGCAGCCAACGAGGCUUCCCCGAUGAAGGGAUACUGGCUGUGUAUUCUCUGGCACCCCAUAACUUGGGCGAGAUGCUUUAUACAAAGCGAUUUGGCCCAAACGCCAUUUCCGUGAGCUUGUCUCCAAUGGGCAGAUAUGUAAUGGUGGGACUGGCUUCCCGACGGAUCCUGUUGCAUCCCUCCACAGAACACAUGGUUGCUCAAGUCUUCAGGCUGCAACAACCCCAUGGUGGAGAAACCUCUAUGAGGAGAGUUUUCAACGUUCUGUAUCCAAUGCCUGCUGACCAGAGAAGACACGUCAGCAUAAACUCUGCUCGCUGGCUGCCUGAACCAGGUCUGGGAUUGGCAUAUGGCACCAAUAAAGGGGACCUGGUGAUUUGCCGACCAGAGGCCUUAAACUCUGGAGUUGAGUACCACUGGGACCAGCAGAACGAGAAUGUCUUCGCUGUGCAUUCCAGCAGCAGGAACACCGAGCGGCCUGGAACCAGCAGAGCCACAUGGAGGACAGACAGGGACAUGGGCCUGAUGAAUGCCAUAGGCCUGCAACCCCGAAAUCCCCCCACCUCUGUGACUUCACAGGGUACCCAGACCUUGGCGCCUCAGCUGCAGAAUGCGGAGACUCAGACAGAGAGGGAGGUACAGGAGCAGGAAUCCGCCUCUGCAGGGACUGGGGAAGGUGAAGGUCCAGAGUAUGGGGCCAGUGGGGAGGAUGCCCUGAGUAGGAUCCAAAGGCUGAUGGCAGAAGGUGGCAUGACAGCUGUGGUCCAGCGGGAACAGAGCACCACCAUGGCAUCCAUGGGUGGCUUCGGCAACAACAUCAUCGUGAGUCACCGCAUCCACCGCAGCUCUCAGACGGGUGCAGAGUCCACUGGGGCUGAGGGCACAGCAGCAGCACAGCAGUCCACCUCGCAGCAGCUGGCAGCUGAGCUGGAGGGACGGAUCCUUUCAGAGUCUAUGCAGCUGUCAGAGCAUGGCCUGAGCCCGCGGACAGCCCCUGGCGGGAGUGAAGGACAAGGCACCGGUGACCUGGACCUGCCAGAGCAGGCCCAGUCCUCCAUGGACACUGAGGGACCAAUUGAAUACAGUGACCUAACUAAUAAUAACCAUCUUCCUGACAGUACCAACUUCUAUAGUAAUGACAGCACCAGUGGGGAGUCGCGGAACAGGUAGAGAUGAGUUGUGUGUUGGUGCUACCCUUGUACUGCUCAGCAGAGACCUGUACCUCACAGCUGGCCAGAAGCUGGAAGAGUAGGGACUUGUGGCUCUGACAGGAUGUUGGUGGUUCAGGGGGUUUCUAUAUCCUGGGUGAGUGGCAAGGGAUAAGAACUUCAAGGAAGUCGUGGGCAAGAAAGCAUACUACCUUAACUUCCAACAUUCCCGCUGCUGAAUAGUUUAACAGGAUUAUAAAAACAUGCUGACUGCACCCCAUGCAGAUUUUGAAGUCCUGUGGGAUCCCCUGAGCUCAGCCCUAAUCCUGCAAUUUGGUCAGUGUCAUCCUUUGUACAGCUUCUUUCGUUUUCUUUCCUUUCCCAUCUUUUCCUCUUUCCUGCCCUUUUAUGCCCAGGGGCUGAUCAGUAGAGUGAAGAAAGGGAAAUGGGCCUGCAGCAUCUUUCUGGAGACUGGAGGUCCUCCUGGGCAAACCUGGGCAUGAUGCUCCAGUGCUGUUGCUGGAGUGGAGGAGUCUUCCAGGCCACAGUCCUGCUCCGUGGCUCAGCACUGCUACCCCUCAGAGCAUGGUGUUCCAGGACCCUUCCUGCCUGUGUUGUGGUCUUUUCUGGGAAGAGCUGGGCUUCGUCAAAACCUGCAUGGCUCAGGAACUGCUCGCAAGAGGGGAUCCUUCCUUUUUAGAAUUAGUUUAGUACUUGGCAGGAACCUAAGCAGAGCUGCUAUAUGAGUGGGUAGAGGGAUAGGGGCUACUGCUCUCUAGUUGGGAUGCAGUUCACACAAGGAUAUCCUAAGCUGUGCCAACAUAAACGUGAAUGAGCCAUCCCAGUGGUGUCGUGGUGCCAGGACUGAGCUGCACCUCCUUGGCAGGGGGCAGGAAAUGUCUUUCAGCUCCAGGCCAGGGUGUGAGGUAUGGGUCUGUGAUGUAAGGUGUUGCAUGUGAAAUCUUGACCUUGUACAUGUAGUUUCUAGUGGAGAAAUCAAGGCUCUGAUAUUUUGUUUUUAGUCUCAAAUGUGAUUUUCCUUUUCGUUUGUAACUCUCCAUCCCUAGCAGGUUUGUGGAAGAAGGACGGGGAGAGCGUGAGUGCUAACGAGGGAAACACCAAAGAUCAAUGUCAUUAAAAUAUGACAAACCCUU